CGCGCCGUAAGCCCUCCAGCAUGGGCGUGGGCGGGGCAGUGGACUGAGGCCGGGCGCGGGGGUCCACGCUGCCGCCGCCGCUAUGGGCUGAGGGGCCGCGGCGCGGGGGCGAGCGCCCCGAGGAUGGAGAGAGCCAUGGAGCAGCUGAAUCGGCUCACCAGGUCCCUGCGCCGCGCCCGCACCGUGGAGCUGCCCGACGAUAACGAAACUGCUGUCUACACCUUAAUGCCAAUGGUUAUGGCUGACCAGCACAGGUCUGUUUCAGAGCUACUGUCAAAUUCAAAAUUUGAUGUUAAUUAUGCUUUUGGAAGGGUGAAGAGGAGCUUGCUUCAUAUUGCAGCAAACUGUGGGUCAGUUGAAUGUCUAGUUCUGUUGUUAAAGAAAGGGGCAAAUCCCAACUAUCAAGAUAUCUCUGGAUGCACACCACUUCAUUUAGCUGCAAGAAAUGGUCAGAAGAAAUGUAUGAGCAAGCUGUUAGAAUACAGUGCAGAUGUCAACAUUUGUAAUAAUGAAGGUCUGACUGCAAUUCACUGGCUUGCUGUCAAUGGGAGAACAGAAUUGCUUCAUGAUCUUGUACAACAUGUCAGUAACGUAGAUGUUGAAGAUGCCAUGGGACAGACAGCACUUCACGUGGCAUGCCAAAAUGGCCACAAGACUACGGUACAAUGUUUGCUAGACAGUGGUGCAGAUAUUAACAGACCCAAUGUGUCGGGAGCAACUCCACUCUAUUUUGCUUGCAGCCAUGGUCAGAGAGACACAGCACAAAUCCUUUUGAUGAGAGGAGCCAAAUAUUUACCAGACAAAAAUGGAGUUACCCCACUGGAUCUCUGUGUCCAGGGUGGUUAUGGAGAGACUUGUGAAGUUUUAAUACAGCAUCAUCCUAGACUAUUUCAGACAAUUAUUCAGAUGACACAGAAUGAAGAUCUACGGGAAAACAUGUUGCGGCAGGUUCUAGAACACUUGUCCCAGCAGAGUGAAAGCCAAUACCUUAAGAUCCUAACAAGCCUUGCUGAAGUUGCUACAACAAAUGGUCAUAAACUGCUUAGCUUGUCAAGUAAUUAUGAAGCUCAAAUGAAGAGUCUCUUAAGGAUCGUGAGGAUAUUUUGUCAUGUCUUUCGCAUUGGCCCAUCCUCUCCCAAUAAUGGAAAUGACAUGGGCUACAAUGGAAAUAAAACUCCAAGAAGUCAGGUGUUCAAGCCCCUGGAAUUACUGUGGCACUCAUUAGAUGAAUGGCUUGUUCUGAUCGCUACAGAAUUGAUGAAGAACAAAAGAGACUCUACCAACAUUACUUCCAUCUUACUAAAGCAAAAAGGGCCAGAGCAGCAGGAUGCUACGCCUACGCCUUCCUUUGACACUGCAGGAACUGAGAGUGGAGAAAAGCUAUCCAUUGACGCAAGGGAUUCUAAAGCAUAUGAUGCUGCCGGGAAGCAGGAAGCUUGUGCUGAUUGCCAGGAUGUUAUCUCCAUGACAGCAAACAGGCUAAGUGCUGUCAUUCAGGCAUUUUAUAUGUGCUGCUCCUGUCAGAUGCCUCAGGGGAUGACAUCACCUCGUUUCAUAGAAUUUGUCUGCAAACAUGAUGAUGUUCUGAAGUGUUUUGUUAACCGAAAUCCUAAAAUCAUUUUUGACCACUUCCAUUUUCUUCUUGAGUGUCCUGAACUGAUGUCCAGAUUUAUGCACAUUAUAAAAGGACAGCCAUUUAAAGAUCGCUGUGAAUGGUUCUAUGAACACUUGCAUUUGGGACAGCCGGAUUCAGACAUGGUACACAGGCCAGUCAAUGAAAAUGACAUCCUCUUGGUUCACAGAGAUUCUAUUUUUAGGAGUAGCUGUGAAGUUGUCUCUAAAGCAAAUUGUGCAAAGUUAAAGCAGGGGAUUGCUGUACGUUUCCAUGGAGAAGAAGGCAUGGGUCAAGGUGUGGUACGCGAAUGGUUUGAUAUCUUAUCCAGUGAGAUAGUUAACCCAGAUUAUGCAUUAUUUACCCAGUCGGCAGACGGAACAACUUUCCAGCCAAACAGUAACUCUUCUGUGAAUCCUGAUCACUUGAACUACUUUCGGUUUGCUGGACAGAUCUUGGGUUUAGCUCUGAACCACAGGCAGUUGGUGAACAUUUACUUCACAAGGUCUUUCUACAAGCAUAUUCUUGGUAUUCCGGUAAAUUAUCAGGAUGUAGCGUCUAUUGAUCCAGAGUAUGCCAAGAACUUGCAGUGGAUUUUAGAUAAUGAUAUCAGUGAUCUGGGUCUAGAGCUGACUUUCUCGGUUGAGACUGAUGUGUUUGGAGCAAUGGAAGAAGUGCCACUGAAACCAGGGGGAGCAAGUAUUCUUGUUACUCAGGAAAACAAAGCAGAGUAUGUCCAACUGGUUACUGAACUUCGAAUGACAAGAGCUAUUCAACCUCAGAUAAAUGCUUUUUUACAAGGUUUUCAUAUGUUCAUACCACCUUCUCUUAUACAACUUUUUGAUGAAUACGAACUGGAACUUUUGCUCUCUGGUAUGCCAGAAAUAGAUGUGAAUGAUUGGCUAAAAAAUACAGAAUACACAAGUGGUUAUGAAAGAGGAGACCAAGUUAUUCAGUGGUUUUGGGAUGUGGUAGAAGAACUAUCUCAGGAGGAGAGAGUGCUGUUGUUACAGUUUGUUACUGGCAGUUCCAGGGUGCCUCAUGGUGGCUUUGCUCAUAUAAUGGGUGGCAGUGGACUUCAAAAUUUUACAAUUGCUGCUGUGCCAUAUACUCCAAAUCUGCUCCCAACAUCGAGCACGUGUAUCAACAUGCUGAAGUUACCUGAAUACCCAAGUAAAGAAAUCCUUAAGGACAGGCUUCUUGUAGCGUUACACUGUGGAAGCUAUGGUUACACAAUGGCAUAAUGAAGUCUAGAAAACUCAUCUGACUACCGAUGUGCAAUUCAGAGUGGCAGAAGUAAUUUAGGAAACUGUCAACAGAAAAGCAGCCUAGAUGCUGCAGUCCACAGGAGAGGCUGACUUUUAAAAUUCAUAAAAGAUCAGUUUUUUCUUCUCCAUUAUAUGUUGUUUAAGUAAGUUUGUGAUGUUACAUGACUUAAAUUUCAUAGUAUGUUCUAUUUUCAUUGGUUUAUUGGUAGCUUUAUAUGAAAAAUAGUGUACUUUCUUCUUUAUGUUAGUUUAAUCUUAAUCAGAGGGUUUGUCAGAAUCUGUUUACACCAGUCUUCAUUUUAGAUUUUCAACUAUGUGGUUGAACGGACAUUUGCGUUUUAGUUUACCUUUCACUGAAAUGGUAUACUGGUAACAUACAGACUCAUAUUAUAUGCCUUGAUGCAUGUAAGAGUGCCAUUAAUUUUUUCAAAGAACAGUGUAGAAAGUUUAAUUUAGAUAGUGUAUAAAAUAGCAAAUCUGAUGUAUUUUCCCAUAUAUUGCAUAGUACCUAUAUCAAAAAGAUUUUUUUAACUUUUUAGUAUUUUAAUGUAUAUAACAUGUAAAGAAUAGACUAUUAUCACUAAAGUAAGCAAAUGGAAUUUAAUAUCUAAUUUAUAUUAAAAUUUACACUAUAUUGUACCAAAUAUUUAAGUAUUCGUGACUUCAUGGUCAGUUUGCAGUUAGAAUUUGUAUAUAUUGUUUUAGACGUAUAUCAGUUUGUUUGAAUACUUUUUCUCAUGCUUUCAUAUAGUUAUAUGUGGAGAGGAUACAAUUAAAUUUUAAUAUUUU